GCUGCGCGUUCCAGCCGCCCGCGUCACGCGAGACCCGGCGGGGGCCGGGACCGCCCGAGCCGCUCCUCAGACCCGGCCGGCCGCCUCCGCCGCCGCCGCCGCCGCCGCCUCCUCCUCCUCCUCCUCCUCGGGGCCAUUAAAGCCAAUGAGCCGCGCGCCUCUGCCCAGGGCAGCCAACUAAAUCGGUUUGGAUGAUUCGCGACUUGAGCAAGAUGUACCCGCAGACCAGACACCCGGCACCGCAUCAGCCUGCUCAACCCUUUAAAUUUACAAUUUCCGAAUCCUGUGAUCGGAUUAAGGAAGAGUUUCAGUUUUUACAGGCUCAAUACCACAGUCUAAAGCUGGAAUGUGAGAAACUGGCCAGUGAGAAGACUGAGAUGCAGCGGCAUUAUGUCAUGUAUUAUGAAAUGUCCUAUGGGUUGAAUAUAGAAAUGCACAAGCAGGUAAGCUACUAUUUUUUUAAUUACCAUUUUAAAUGUCAGAAAUACUCAUGCACUUUGAAAAAAAAUGGGUAUUUUGCAGUUGUCUUCUCUGCAUUGUUAUCUGUAUUUUUAAAGACUGGGUAUAGAGAGCUAGUUUUUCAUCUUCUGAUUAAAAUUACCCUAUUUUUAAUCAUUUAAAAUGUUUUUAAAAAAUCAGAAUGCAUAUUAAACUUUGUACACUUUCAAAAGCCAUAUACUAAAAUUUAACAUACAGUUUUUCUUUUGAAAGAGUUGCUUUCUGUAUUUUGGGCAGUACAUACACACUUGUCUUAAUGAAAGAGCUUUUCUUGGAAAAUAUUAAGUAAAAUUGUAAAUUGUGUGGAGCCAUCGUUGACUCCAUGUGAAAGAGAGGAUAAGUUGGGAGGAUCAAAAUGAAAUCUGUGGAGCUACAAAAGAAAUUGAUAUAAAAUCCUUGUUCUUGUCCCCCAAGGCUGCUUAGUUGGGACUUUCUAGGAGCUGUAACCAUUACUUCCAAAAUUUGUACAGAGUAAAUGAGCCUGAAAGGAGAGGAGGGUCUUGAAAUCUGGCAAUUAGUUAAAAAAAA